GAUGGGCAAUCAAUGUGGUUAGUGUGAGUGUAAUAAUGGGAAGACUAGCUUGCAGGAGAAAGAGAUAGUAGUUGUAUUAUAUGAUUUAAUUGUAAGUUAGAGAAUAAAGAGAUAAAAAAUAGCAAUCAUCAGUCGAGAGGAUCAAUAAAAAGUAAUAAGCAGACUGGCGAACCAAAUCAAUUUAGCAAAGAAUAGGAUAAGAGGCUCAUAAAUAAACAGGUUUCAUUAACCAGUUCAAAAAAAUAGGAGUAGGGAAAAUUUAAUGAACUGUGUAAUGACAAUUCAAACUCAAUCAAAGCUGCAAUCAAAAUAUAGAGCAGAUAUAGAGGGUAUUUAAUUCGUAAAAGGAAAUAAUAAAAUAAAUUGAAGAUUGUUUAAAAAAAUGCAAUACAAGGAGCAAAUAAAAACUAUAUGCAGGAAAAUUUUGAAGUUAUAAAUCUACCUACUCAGAGGAAUGAUGCUUCGUUAGAAGUGAGAGGCCCUUAUCAGUUUAAGAGUGGGGCAAUUUAUGAAGGUUAGUGGAAGGGAAAUUUGAGGGAAGGGGUAGGCACUUAAAUUUGGAGUGACGGAGCUAAGUAUGUUGGGGAAUGGAAAAAUAACAGGGCUUGUGGCAAGGGUGUCUUCUAUCAUGUUGAUGGAGACGUCUUUGAAGGGGAAUGGGAUUUAGACAAGGCUAACGGAAAAGGGAUAUAUAAGCAUUCAAAUGGAUCAAAAUAUGAAGGAGAAUGGAAGGAUGAUCUUCAACAUGGGCAAGGGAAAGAAGUGUGGAAUGAUGGAUCAAAAUAUUAAGGACAAUAUAAUCAAGGGAAAAAGCAAGGUCAUGGGAAAUAUGAAUGGCCUGAUGGCUCCUAUUAUGAAGGAGAAUGGUAGAAUAACAAAAUAAAUGGCAGAGGUGUGUAUUGUUGGGCUGAUGGUCGAGGAUACAAUGGUUAAUGGUAGAAUAAUUGCAUGCAUGGUUAUGGAGUGUAUACUUGGAAGGAUGGUAGGAAAUAUGAAGGAGAGUAUAAGAAUGAUAAAAAGGAUGGACAUGGAAUUUAUUAUUGGGCUGAUGGGAAGAAAUACGAUGGAAUGUGGAGUGAUGGAAAAUAACAUGGUUAAGGUUUGUUUGUAUUUGCAGACGGGACUUAGAAACAUGGGAUAUGGAAGGAAGGCAAGCGAAUAAAGUGGCUAGAGAUAGCACCUUGAAGAGAAC